AUGACUUCUCAAGAAACAUCAGCCCACUUACAGUUUCUAUGGUCUGCUUCUCAUACUGUUUUAUCGGCAGUACCUUCACUGUCAGCAUUCUAUUUAUCUCGGUUUGAUCAGAUAGCAGUCGAAAGGAACCUAAACCUCGCUGGAGCAAUCAAGAGAGUUUAUUGUAAUUAUUGUGGAACUAUUUUUGUACCUGGCAUUAACUCUCAAGUUAGCAUUGAGAAAGUUAGACGACGACACAACAAACGCCGUAAAGUUAAUACACAAUUUGAUUCAACCACAUCGACUGCGUUGGAGUCUGUUAAGACGGGCAGUAGCCCGGCGCCUUUAAAGGAAACUGUUUCCAUCAACAAAACAACGCCAUCUAACACAGCACACAGAAUUUAUCACGCAACUUUGAAUCAUAAUACCAAUAACGCAAACAAUCCCCGCUCCAGAAAUUACGUAUCUUACUUCUGUCGUAUAUGCAAGACCGAAACUCGCAUCCAUGGUAGCGCACGCCACGAUUUGAAACAAACAAAGGUUGAAGAUGAACCGGAUAAACGACAAACUGAAAUAACUGCCAACAUUAGUAGCAAACGAUCAACUCUCGUGCAACGGAACAUUGCGCAUGGAACGAAGAUAAAAAGGAAGAAACAGAAAUUAGAUCUUCAGCGACUAUUAGCAAAGGAUGAAAAGAAGGAAGGCGGUAGAGGAAGUGAUGGCGACAGAGGAGCUUCUCUAUCAUUGACUGAUUUUCUAUCAUCUCUGUAA